AAGUAACACCAAUGAAUCCUCUAGUUGAGCUUGGAAGUUAUAUUGAACUAAACUGUACAUUGACGGGGGAUGUUGCCCCCUUCAACUCAAGCCACCUCUAUUUUCAAGCUGGCUCCAAAGUAAUCUCAUCAGAAUUCUAUACGAUCCUGUCUCCUACUAUAAUGACAUACAAAGAGAAUAUGACAGGACAAUACACUGGGAGGUACCCAUUUUAUUGUUACCUGAACCAAAGCACCAGUGAGGAAAAUAUGAAACCAAGACUGAUUGGAUCUCAGGUGGCUACAAUAGGAAGUAUGACAACAAUUUUUACUCUAUCUUCUACAAUUUUUGUAAAACCUCUACACUGUAAUGUUAUAGGUUGUUUGUUAACAUCUUGCAUGUUUUAUUUUAUCUGUAGUUGGAAAGUUGGAAGACUAGAUUCAUUGGUUUUUGCAGGGUGAGCCAAUAAAGAUGGCCCCUUUAGUAAUAAU